CUCAGGUUUUCAGAUAUAAGGGCCACUGAUUGUCCUGAAUCCAGAUGCAUGCAGACCACAACAUGGAGGCGAAACUCUCCAACAGAAAUGUUUGGAAAAGUUUAGGUGCAGAUAGAGCUCCAUGCAGGUGUCACAUUAAAACAGGAUUCUUUCUGUUACUUACAUUAGUGUUCUUAGUGACUGCCAUUGCUUACGUCUCUGAAUUCUCUUUCAAUGCUGUGUUCCCUGACACCUUGUCUAAAAAAGUGCUGAAUCAGAUAUGCUCCUAUUAUGUGGCAACUAAAUACCUGUCUGCCAGAGAAAAUCAAACAACAUUUUUAGCAACCAACAGUGUCCAACAGAGUCCUACACAAACCACAAACUUGUCUGUGAAUCAUCAUGUGGCUCAUCCAAGCAACUAUCAUUUCAUCCUAGAUGAACCUGAUAAAUGUAGUCAGUGGGAUCCGUUCUUGGUCUUGAUGGUCCCUGUGGCCCCCCAUCAGCUGGAGGCUCGUAACGCCAUCCGCAGCACAUGGGGGAAUGAGAGCUCAGUGCAGGGAAAAGCAGUGCUGACUCUAUUCUUGGUGGGUUUGACUGGAGGAGCUGAAACUCAACAUCAGCUGGAGGAAGAGAGUCGACAACACAGAGAUUUACUGCAGAGCAACUUUGUGGACUCGUACUUCAAUCUGACCAUAAAGACCAUGGUGAUCAUGGAUUGGCUGGCCACUCGUUGCCCUCAAGCAGCUUAUGCUAUGAAGGUUGAUUCUGAUAUGUACAUAAACCUGGAGAACCUGAUGAGCCUCUUAUUGUCACCCAACACACCCAGACAGAACUACAUCACAGGGUAUUUGAUGAGGAACCGGUCUGUUAUCAGAAACAAAAAUUCUAAAUGGUACGUGGCAGAGGAAUUGUACCCUGAACCGAAAUACCCCAUGUACCUGCUGGGAAUGGCAUAUGUUUUCUCCAAUGACCUGCCAGAAAAAUUAGUUGAGGCUUCCAAGGAAGUAAAGGCCUUUAACAUAGAAGAUGCAUAUGUGGGCGCAUGUCUGAAACAGUUGGGAGUUGUACCCUCAUCUCCCCCAGACCCUUCUCAAUUUAAAGCCUAUAUGGGGCAAUAUAAGCGAGAGAAUUUUAUCAGAGUUAUCACAACAAUCCUGAGUUCCCCACAGCAGCUAAAAGAUAUUUGGAAGGACGUAAAGAGGCCCUCAUAAAACAAAUCAGAAUGGAAUAGAUUAGUGGUUGACUUUAUUUGCUUAUAGACUUGUAAAUGAUAUUUGUUUGUAAAGCUCAUACAGUAAACA